AUGUCGGGACCUCUAACUUCUAGGGCUGGAGAGCCUCCCAGCGCGGUUCAACCGCCACUACCACAAGCGGCUGGCUAUGUAGUCAUCAUCGUGAUGGGCUUUCUUAUUGCCAUUAUAAUGAUGCUCAUCACACAUAUACUAAAGCGGACAGCCGGAGAAGACAACAAGACGACCGAAAUGUUCAUGACUGCGAAUCGGACAGUGGGUACUGGACUGACGGCAUCGGCUGUGAUUUCGUCCUGGCUAUGGAGUACUGCAAUUUUGGCAAGCAGCCUGGUUGGCUAUAAUUUCGGCGUCGCUGGUCCCUUUUGGUUCGCUGCAGGUUGUUCCCCUAUGAUCGUCUUUUUUGCGGUUCUCGGAAUUGCUUGCAAAUUGCGAAUCCCUGAAGCACACACUCUGUUGGAAAUCGUACGAAUCCGAUAUGGAAAAGUUGGGCACAUCGUAUGGAUAGUGCUUUGUCUGAUAAACAACAUCAUUGCCAUCGCCAACAUGCUUCUAGGUGCCAGUGCGGCCAUUUCGGCACUAACUGGAAUGCACAUUAUUGCUGCUACAUUCCUCCUCCCUGUCGGAGUCAUCAUGUACACUUUUGUGGGUGGCAUCAAGGCAACCUUCCUGACGGACUACUUCCACACUUUCGUGAUCACUGUCAUUGUUUGCUUUUUCACUAUCAAAGUCUGGCUUACCCCCGAGAUAAGCUCCCCUGGAACACUAUUUGAUACUAUUACACAAUUAGCUGUGGAUCGGCCUGUGUCAGGUAACCAAGGCGGGUCAUAUUUGACCAUGACCAGCCGCGACGCCAUAUUUUUUGGCAUUAUUCAUACUCUGGCCAACUUUGGUCUCGUUAUCAUGGACACUGGUUUCUUUGCCAAAGCCUUCAGUGCAGCACCGCACGCUGUAGUGCCAGGCUACAUCAUUGGCGGCAUUGCGUACUUUGCCAUACCCUGGUGUCUGGGUACCAUUAUGAGCUUCUCCGCGCUCGCCCUAGAAGAUCAACCAUCUUUCCCAACAUAUCCACGCUUGAUGAAUGCCUCAGAAAUAUCAAGUGGAUUGGUCCUACCAUAUGCCGCGGUCGCGAUCGCGGGAAAGGGUGGUGCAGUCGCAGUUUUGCUCAUAGUCUUCAUGGCAGUGACAUCAACAAUUAGUGCACAGGUGAUUUCAGUCUCUUCUAUCCUUAGUUUCGAUAUAUACCGACAGUAUAUCAACAGAGAAGCUAAGGAUCGCGAUGCAAUCCGCUGGAGUCAUAUUGGCGUGGUCGGGUUUGGGCUUUUCGCCGCAGCGUUCUCAACUGCUCUGCAUUACGGCAAAGUCGAUUUGGGGUGGACUCUUUACAUGUUGGGUGUCUUGACUUGUCCCGGUAUUUUCCCAACAGUCUUUACAAUAUUGUGGAAGAGGCAGUCGAAGGCAGCAGCGGUGCUAUCACCGCUUCUGGGUAUGGCAACUGGUAUUGGAGUCUGGCUUGGCACAGCCUCUGCGUUGUAUGGUGAAGUUACUGUGGCAUCGACUGGUCAAACUCUGCCCUGCGUCUACGGUACUGUGGCUUCGGCCUUCAGUCCUUGUCUUUUUUCGAUUUUGAUUACACUUGCGAAGCCGGCGAACUUCCAGUGGGCAGAUUUUCGAAAAGAGCGCUUGGCCUUCGCGAAAUCCGCUCCUGGUGACUCAGAUGAGGAACUGAAGUCCCAUGAGCAAGUGAUCUCUCAGUACGCCGCAGACAAACUUCGUCUGAAGCGCUGGCUGCGGAUAUCCUCGCUCUGGGCUCUGGCAACCUUCCUGGGGCAUUGGGUCUUAUGGCCGCUUCCUAUGUAUGCGUCGCACUAUAUAUUCGGCAAGUCGUUUUUCGAAGCUUGGGUAAUUGUAUCGAUUAUUUGGGUGUGGGGCACGAUGCUUAUUGCUGGAUUUUAUCCCCUUAUAGACGGUUGGAGGGCCAUCAGGAACGUCUUCAUCGGAUUGCGUGAUUCCAAGCAUGGGUAG